AGCUGUCCAUCAGAAACAACUGAUUUAAUGAGUGUGAAGUAAACCUACCGACUCACACACCUGGACUGAACACCUUUGUGCACCUGAACUGUUUCUGAGGGAACUGCCUGUGUGUCAGGUCACAAAACACAACCAAGCAUGCAACAGUCAGGCCGGCUGAGGCUGAGGCCGUGGCUAGAGGAGCAAAUUCAGUCUGGGAAAUACCCAGGAGGCUGGCUGGAUCAGUCAGCACGAAUCUUCCAGAUCCGGGAACAUGCCGCCCGUCAUGGUUGGAGUAUUGACCGAGACGCUACUCUAUUCAGGAGUUGGGCCGUGCACACUGGACGGUACCAUCCGGGUAAAGACAAGCCCGACCCUAAGACGUGGAAAGCCAACUUUCGCUGUGCUUUGAAUUCUUUGCCUGACAUCUGUGAGCUUCGGGAGCACAGCAGGAAAAGAGGCAGUAAUGCCUACAGGGUCUACAGGAUGCGCCCAGCGCACAGACGCACAGACGCAGCAGGCGAGGUAAGCUGCUACUGCAGAGGCAAGCAGGCACUCGCCUCUACGCUCCUUCUGUUGAACCCCAAACAUUCAAGGAUUCGUAAAUGGAGUGGGCCACGGCCUAAACUUAAUCUAAAGUCGGGGUCUUUUAGUGAAGAUUAG